GUUUUAUAUUGUUAGUUCGCAAACUACUGAGCCGGUUAACACACAACCUGUUGGUUAAAAUAAAUCUGUGACCACGUUUUGACCAUGUCAGUAAAAACAGAAGUAGAUCUAAGUGGAGUGAAAAAAAGUAAUGGUGUGUGGCUUGUGAAGGUUCCCAAGUAUCUGUCUCAGCAAUGGGACAAGGCCAAAGAAAAGGGAGAAGUUGGAAAGAUCACUAUCGGAAAAAAGCACGGCAAAACAGAGGUAUGUUUCUGCCUUAAUGAGGAGCUGACUGGCCUGGGUGAUGUGGGGGAGAAGGAUGCAUCACUGAAGGUCCCAAGAGAUCACCCAUUCACUAUGCAUGCAGUGGGUGGACAGACCAUGGCUGCCUUCAGCCAGAGUGACACAGAUGGAAUCAGUCUGGAGGGGAUGGUGGUGCACAGAGCUGAAUGCAGACCAGUCGUCAAUGACAACUAUAUGAAGCUGAAGAAGUUGCAGAUUAGAGAGUCCACCAAGCCUCAGCGUGUAUCACAGCAGCUCGAGAGAGCAGUCACGACCAUCUUUAAGCCCGUAGCCAACCAUGAUUUCAAUUUGGAGCAUGACAAGAAGAAGAAGUCGGAGGGGAAGAUGGUGCGCGCUGAGCGGCAGGUUGUGUUGGACAUGCUCUUCUCUGCCUUUGAGAAGCACCAGUAUUACAACAUUAAGGACUUGGUGGACAUAACCAAACAGCCUGUGACCUACCUGAAAGAUAUCAUGAGGGAAAUUGGCACUUACAACAGCAAGGGCACUCACAAAAGCACCUGGGAGCUGAAGGCAGAGUACCGACACUACCAGUCUGCGGAGGAAGAGGAGGAGAUGCAGACUGCCUAGCUCCAACAAGUUCCUGCAAGUCCUUUCAAGUCCGGUCUCAUCUCAUCAUACUGGAGUUCUUUCCUGUGGUUUUCAUGUUGAAACGUGAGCGUCCAGCAGGUUCACAUUAGGUAGAAGUGUAAUUAUUUUUUUCAGUGACUUCGUAAAUGUUGAUGUCUAAAAGGAAAACUAUUUCUCACUAAUCCUUGCUAUUAUGUGAUUUUGUUGGUUCAUCAUUUUUUUCUUUCAUUAAGAGGUGGAAUAAAAUACUCUGCAUUCGUUUACUGUUAGUUGUUGAGUGAAUAACCAGGUUAAAUAAAGGCAGUCAAAGAUUUGCAAGCUAAA